AUGCCUGCUCUGUUGGCGAAAAUGAGCUCGAGAAGCGCCUCGUGGUUCUAUGCAUUCAGUGUCGUUGUUUUGAGUAUUUGUGGAUCCACACAUGCAGCAAGUAAUUGUAAUGGACCAUUGCUAUCAGUUUUGCCUGAGUCAUCCUUCAAAAGCUCUUCAACAUCCUCUAACAGUCAACUGCCUCACACCGCAAAGCUGAACAGAAGAGAGGGAGAGGGUGGCUGGGCCCCGGAGCGGUCAGACAAACAGCCUUGGCUCCAGCUGGACCUCAGGGAGAAGAUGGAGAUCACGGCCAUCGCUACACAGGGCCGUUCAGGGAGCUCUGACUGGGUGAGCAGCUUUAUGCUGCUGUUCAGUGACUCUGAUCUGGCUUGGAAGCAGUACGGACAGAGCGAAGACACUGGGACAUACAGAGGGAACACAAACUCAGACGGUGUGGUCCAACACAAGCUGGUCCAUUCCAUCACAGCUAGGUUCCUACGCUUCGUCCCACUGGACUGGAGCACUACAGGAUGGAUCGGCCUCAGAGUGGAAGUCUAUGGCUGUGCAUACAAGUCAGAUGUGGCAAACUUCAACGGCAGGAGUGCUCUGUUGUACCGGUUUAACCAGAAGUCCCAGAGAACGGUGAAGGAUGUGAUCUCCCUCAGGUUUAAGAGCUACGGGGCAGAUGGGGUGCUGGUGCACGGGGAGGGACACAGAGGAGACUACCUGACAUUGGAGCUGCACCACGGGACCCUGGCUCUGCACCUCAACCUGGAUGACGCUAAGCUCUACCCCAGCAGUGCGAAUGUGUCAGUGGGCCUGGGCAGUCUCCUGGAUGACCAGCUCUGGCACUACGUCCUAGUUAAACGCUCCAACAAGCAGGUCAACCUCACCGUGGACGGGCACACACAUCAACUCAGCACCACAGGUGUGGAAGACUCACUGGAAGUGGACUAUGAGCUCAGCUUUGGAGGAAUUCCUAUACCCGGUAAACCAGGAAGCUUCCUUAGGAAGAACUUCCAUGGCUGCAUAGAGAACCUCUACUAUAAUGGAGUCAGCAUUAUCAACCUGGCCAAGCGACGCAAGCUCCAGAUCCACAGUGUGGGCAAUGUGACCUUCUCAUGCUCUGAGCCCCAGCCUCAGAUGGUGUCCGCCACCUUCCUGUCCUCCAGCGGUAGCUACCUGUCUCUUCCCCUGGGGCCUCUUGGGGUGUGGGGGCUGGACGUACACUUCCACUUCAGGACCUGGAACCAGGAAGGACUUCUGUUCUCCACCGGCCUGGCACAGGGAUCACAGCACCUGGUGUUGCAAAUCAGCAGAGGUCAACUGCACCUAAUGGUCCAUGGAGCUGCUGAGCAGAAAACCAACAUUUCCAUAGAAGUCGGUGUAACUGAUGGCCUGUGGCAUUCUGUUAGUCUGAGCUACAGAGAUCGGAUGGUUUCCCUGGUCUUGGACAAUGAGCCAACAUCUACCGUGGACGUACAAAGUCAUGCAGACUCAGGCAAUAGUGUAUUUUUUGGAGGUUGUCCCCAAUACAGUGGUGGCUGUAAGAAACCUACUGUGGCCUUCCAGGGGUGCAUGCGUCAGAUCCUCCUAAACAACCAACUUAUGGAUCUACCCCGUGUGCAGCAAGGGCUUUUGGGUAAUUACAGCAAGCUUCAGUUCGACAUCUGUGGGAUCCGCAACAGAUGUCUGCCUAAUUUUUGUGAGCAUGACGGACGAUGCACCCAAUCAUGGAAUACUUUCUACUGUGACUGCUCAGGGACAGGCUACACUGGAGAAACCUGUCACAACUCUAUUUAUGAAGCGUCGUGUGAGGCACACAGACAAAUGGGGAGUACGUCUGGCUACUUCUACAUUGAUCCAGAUGGGAGUGGUCCUCUAAAGGCAGCACUGGUCUACUGCAACAUGACUGAGAACAAGGUAUGGACAGUGGUGGGCCACAACAACAGGGGGUCUGUGAAUGUGACUGGCGCCACAACAAAGAAGCCGUAUGUGAUGAGGUUCAACUACACUGUCUCCCUGGAGCAGCUCCGCACUCUGAUUGGACGGUCUGAGCACUGUCAACAGGAAGUGGUCUACAGCUGCAGGAAGUCCCGUCUCUUCAAUACUUGGGACGGGAGGCCCCUGUCAUGGUGGCUGGACGGGAGUGGAGAGAAACAGACCUACUGGGGAGGCUCUGUACCUGGGGUCCAACAGUGCUCCUGCAGCCUGGAGGAGAACUGCAUCGACAUGAACUACUUCUGCAACUGUGAUGCAGACACUCACUUGUGGGCAAACGACACAGGACUGCUGUCCUACAAAGAUCACCUACCACUGACUGAGAUUGUAAUAGGAGACACCAACAGGACAGGCUCAGCAGCUGUAUACAGAGUCGGCUCCCUUCACUGCAACGGUGACAAGUUCCUGUGGAAUGCAGCCUCUUUCUACCCCGGGUCAUCAUCCCUCCACUUCCCUAAGUUCCAGGCUGAGCUCAGUGCGGACAUCUCUCUGUACUUCAAGACCACAGCUUCCUCUGGUGUUCUACUGGAGAACCUGGGGACCACUGACUUCAUCACCCUGAAGUUGACCACUCCCUCAGCUGUAACAUUCAUCUUUGACGUGGGAAACGGCCCGGUGGACUUGACGGUGACGUCCCCUGUCCCCCUGAAUGAUAAGCAGUGGCACUACGUUAGGGCUGAACGCAACUUGAAGGAGGCCUCCCUGCAAGUGGACCAGCUGCCACUACACACUCUGGAGGCCCCCUCUGAAGGGAACUACCGUCUGCAGCUCAAAAGCCUACUGUUCAUAGGAGGAUCCACCUUCAAAGAGAGCACCUUCCUGGGCUGCAUCCGUGCGUUGACCCUGAACGGCGUGACCCUUGACCUGGAGGAGCAGGCCAAGUUGACCCCAGGAGUGACCCCAGGCUGCCUGGGCCACUGCAACGGCUCUGCUAGUGUCUGUCAUAACAGAGGGCGGUGUAUGGAGAAAAACAGUGGAUAUGUCUGUGACUGUACACACUCUGCCUACAAUGGACCACACUGCAAGAAAGAAGUGUCAAUGUCCUUUGAGAGUGGCUCCUCGGUGACCCUUACCUUCCAGAUGCCUUUCCCAGUCAUGCACAACAGAGACAGAGGUAGCCAGUCGUCUAGCAGUCAGCCAAUCCAUAGCCAGUCGUCUAGCAGUCAGCCAAUCCAUAGCCAGUCGUCUAGCCGUCAGCCAAUCCAUAGCCAGUCCUCAGCCAUCUAUGCCCACGACGGCGAGUCCAGAGAAAACGUUGCCUUCAGCUUUCUGACGACUCACACCCCUGCCAUGUUACUCUGUGUCAGCACCUACCAUCAACAGUACCUGGCUAUCAUCCUGGCUAACAACGGGAGUCUGCAGAUCUGGUACCAUCUGAACAGAGAGAAGAGAGCAGAGAUCUUUACUCCCAAAGUCUCCAGCCUAGCCGAUGGGCAGCUCCACCGUGUCCAAGUACACCGGGAAGGCAAAGACCUUUAUGUCCAGAUUGACAAAGACAUCGACCAAAAAUACAACCUUUCUUCUGACAUGAAGAUGAACACACUACGAUCUCUGACUUUAGGUAAAGUCACAGGUACAUCAGCAGGACAUGCUGGUUUGGAUGAGGAAGUGCUUAGGGCAGGAUCCAAGGGUUUCAUUGGCUGCCUGUCGUCUGUCCAGUUCAAUCAUUUGACACCUCUGAAGACAGUCAUUCUCAGUCGUGGAAGCUCAUUGGUCCAUGUUCUUGGCAAUCUAGUUGAAUCGAACUGUGGAGCCUUGGCUGAUAGUACAACUUCACAAUCAGCAUCUGAGGGUGUCGAUAGGGGCGUAGAUCGACUGAAGAAGACAAGAAGUGAUUCAGCAGUCAUUGGAGGUCUCAUCACAGCUGUGUUCCUCAUCACCCUCUGUGCCGUGGCCGUGACGUCGUGCUUCCUGUACAGCCGCAGCCACAGCCACAGCCACACCCACCCCCAGGAGAAGGCCUCCAUCUCACAGAAGAAGGAUCCCAGACACAGCCCGGAACACAGCUACCCUGCAGGCCUGGAGAACAGCUAUCCUGUAGACUUGGUCUUGGAUCUAAACCUGGACCUGCACAGCUCUGUGAGUCACAGCAGAAAGGAGUACUACAUCUGAUACCACCAUAGCCUUCUUUGCCCAAUUUCCCUGCCUCCUGUUCCGCACGCUGUUCUGCCUGGCCUCAAAUACAGAACAGGCCCCUCUGGGCGGAGCAGCCAUUCAUCCCAAAACCCAGUGUUAAGUCACCUGACUGUUCCCGGGCUAUCUAGGAGCAGUGAUCAUUGGUGAUCCAUUCCCUGUGUGGCUACAAGAAUGACCCAAUGGAGGAUGGUCAUGCCGCAGUGUUCUAUCUCAAAGGCUGUUUAUUGGAGCAUGGGAGCUGUACCUUUUUUGAUGAGCGGUGACAAUUGGAGAACAUUUAUUGUGUAUCUACUUCCUAU